UGAGAAGAAACAGUGAGGUCGCUGAAGCGAUAUCCCACAUAAACAAAAAGCGUGACUGCCUACACUCAUAAUGCUUAAAGUCUUCGGGGACUUAAGUUCGCAGAGAAGACGAUCACGACACUUACUUUUCAUGCAAACUCUCCGAACUUGCUUUUUACAUCUUAGAAAUGAAGGGCAAUCCGUCUCAUAGAUCAGGGAGUCAGUUCGCUUUCACGUGUUUGAUGAUGAUUUCUGUUUUUAGCACAACCACGGUACACGCUGCUCAUUCCUGGGAAUCACCAAGCUUCAAAAUUGAAAGGAAAGUCAAUUUGGAGGCAAUUGUAUCUUGUGGAGAAGGGAUGCUUCAAGGAAAACACGAUUCAAUGUGUAGAUUGUCCGCAAAUGAAGGUACAGUAUGAAGUUUUUGAUGUUUGAAAUCAGCAUUUAUAUUUUAUGUUAGCAAACUACUGAUGGAGAUAUUCUGUCCCAGUUUAACGGCAUUAACAACAUGAUAGUUCGUAUUAUUUCGCUACUUGCUUGAAAUUUUAAUUUCAACUUUUCCCUCUUCUACGAUUUGAGCGCCAAAAAAGAGAUAGUUUCAACUUAGCACAGAAGAUCAAGAGAGAAUUAGCAAUCCAUGCAGACAGAUAAUCGGGGAUAAACUCCCAUUGUCGGCGCGAACGAAUGUUUGUGGAAAGAAAAUGGACCUUUCAUUUUUCCUCUCUAAACAAUGGAAAUCUGCGAUCAUUUCAGCUUAGCUGCUCGUAUCCCCUUUAUAACCUUGGUCCUGUUGACUUUCCUGUUGUAUACACAAUUUUAUCGAAUCUUCGAUCUUUCCAGAGUACGUGGUAGAAAUUUCACAACAAUCGCUGCGGUAAUACUGUAGGUGAUCUGAUUCUCGAUCGAUGAUUUAGCUAGCCUAUGCGUGGGCGAUAAUUUCAACACUUUAAUUCGUCUUAUAAUGAUUCACUUUGACCCAUCUUAAAUUUUUUAUCCAAUAUUCAGCUGAAACUGAAAAAAACUCUAGUGGCCACUAAAGCGAGAGAGGAGGCGUACUAUUUUUGUAUCACACACACAGGCGUCAUUUUUCGCGGUUCUUAUGAGUGUUAUUUGGUGAUGACUUCAGUGGCAGAUCCAGGGUAGGGGCCCGGGGGGCCCAGCCCCCUCCCCUUAUUUUUAGAAAAAACUGAGGCCCGAAGGGCCAAAAAAUUUUUUUUGAGACCCCACCCCCCCACCCCCCUCCACCUUUUCUGAAGUCUGGAUCCGCCACAGCACUUUCAUUGGCAAGACUAAAAACUAAAAUGAAAUUCUAGAAAUGUGAUUAUUGAUGUCGUCUGAGUGUUAACAUAACUCAUGAGAUAAACACGAGUGAGCAUAAUUGACUUCUAAAUCUUUAAGGAGGAUUUGACUGGGAUUGUUAUUAAACGACGAGUCCAUGCGCGACCAAUCUCCAGCGGUGCUAUUACAAAGCCAUUUUUAAAGUAGUUUUUAUAAAGCUUAGAAUCCAAAGCCAAUAAUUUUCAAAAUCAAUAUUUUUCUCUUCUUGCCCAGAAGGCUGUGUCACUCGUGUGAGCUGGCCGCUGGGCGGUUUGCGGCUUUGAGAAAUUCCCGCACAUUGCAACACCCCAGCUUAUCCAGAUACUUGGUCGCGGUUUUUACAAUCUAGCUCAUUCUCAACCAUUCUCUAACGGCUUCAAAAAAUUGAUACUUUGAAAGUAUCGUCUCAAGUAAACUGAUUUCUGGGUUUUCACUGUCUAAAAGUCUACAAGUUGGAAGGAUUUGGCGCCACUCUACGUAGAGUGUGGAAAAUUCAAAGAAAAAAAAGUUGAAACGACCUUGAACAAAAAACAUAUUUUACUCUUUUCCAAAUUGCUCUAUUGAUUCUUGUUUUGGCGCAGAAUUUCUAUUCUGAAAAGACCAAAAGUCGUCUAGAAUGUUAUGAUAGGGUAGAAAUCGAGGAAAGAAGAAUUGAAAGCUGUGGUGAAACUUUCUAUUUUGGCUUUUCAUUACACGUGACGUUAUUACCACGUGUUUACUUACAGACGGCUAUCAAAGCUAUUCUGUGCGCGUGGUUCAUGAUCAAAAUGCAGCUCAGAAUUCUAAAGAUUCCUCGGGAAAUAAUGCCAGCUCCGCACAAGCUCACUUGCAAUCUGUCAUAAAGAGGAUGUCCCAUCAAUAUAAGUUGUUCCUUGAAUCUUUGGCAUAGCAGGAAAUGGGCGAAGUCUACAAUUAAAGCAGGCUGUUAUCGAAUUUACAGUUUUAAAAUACGUGACUUGGGUGGACUUCCUUGUCGCGUAAUUAAUGUGCGUAUGGUGCGUACGCAAGUAAAUUUUACACACGUAUAAACUUUUUUUGACGUUUUAUGCGCGACCUUUCAUAUAUUACCUCUAUUUUAUUUUCGCUCUUCUGUUGAAAUCACCCGACAGAUCCACCUUAAGUCCUCUCGCUCCUUCUGCCCUGUGUCAAUCCCGCUGCUAUCAGUACUCAAGCUAGAUAAUAUCAACCUUGAGUUUUAAGAUAUACAAUUACAGUCUUCUUCCUGACAGGCCCUCCGAGGGGAGGGGGGAAUUGGAAAACGCGCAAGGUACGCUAAUAACGGGGGAGGAGUUGGUAGACAACGAGAAGCUUUUUUCAGAACAACGGGGAAGCGACGCGGAUGGCAAUUUUUCUGGUAUUUCGCGGGCCUUUUAACUUCCCGUAAGAAAUUAAGGGACCUGUCCUUGUAGGCUACAUGGACAAACUUGGAUACUAAAUGGGCGCGAAAAUAUAAAACCAGAGACGGCAAAUAUGCAACCAUGCGCGUGAUCCCUAUGUAAAGCGCAUGAUUCUUGAUCAGCUUCGAGUGUGAGAAGGAAACAGUUACGCUAUUGGUUAAUUCAAUUUUGUUAAAAAUAGGCGGAAUAGAAACGACUAAUCCUGAUUACUCAGAAUGUUACGCACGUGGACUGCAUAUGAACUCCAUCCACCCAGCGAAAACGACCUUUGAAAAUCCAUAACGAAGGCUAUCUAAGAGCUAAUACGUUUUGUUAUUUUAAGUCUUGAAAGGUCAAAUUUUCAACGUCUCUUUAAGAAGUCCGAUUUUUUCAAAUACAAAACCUUACUAACAGAUUCAGGGAAAAGGGUUAGUGGUUGGUUGAGUUUUAUCCUUUUAGUACUGAAAUCAAUGACAAAGAGGACAUUUUGCGAGACAAGUAUUUUUCGUCCUUUCAGAAAAUAGAUGACAUAUUUUGGCGCCUGCAUUCAGUUUCCCCAUAUCAAACUACUUUCUUCCAUCUUGUUACAGACACCCAAAGGCUAUCAACCCCAGACUGCUCAGCGUGCGAUCCCCGAAGUAAAAUGCAUCUGAGAAUAGACAAUGUUCUUGUAGCUGACAACAAAACCGAGUGGAGAUCUCUCGCCAAGACAAAGGAUAGUAUAUUGCAGGAGAUAAACAUCACUAUCAACUUCCCACAGGUAUAUGGUGUAACAUUUGUUUGUUUACACAAUUUGAAGACAUUUGCAAUUUAUCAGGGCAAAGUCAAGAUAAAACCAUGUUAACUAAUACGACUUGCUUGGCGUAGCAGAACAGUGACAGAGUGACAUGGAAGUGAAAAUAAUCUUCAGCCUUACAGGUUGCAUUUCAGUUAUCCGUCAACGCUUUAGCUCUGUUCACAUCCGACGAUUGUCGUCAAUAAGGAACCGUGAUCACGCUUUACAUAGUUCUACUGUUUUUGUCUUCACAGAUGUUUAGGUAAAACUCAUGUACGGUAACGUCUUCCCGGCCAAAACUUCUCCCGUCGUUGUAACUUUAGUGUGAACGCCAUCUCUUAUCAAAAGUUUAAGUGUCUUUCAAGUGCUCUUUAAGCAAACUUAAACCAAAGUAUACUUCAGCUGCACUUAGGGGCCUAGUGUGAACCAGCUAUAUAUUUUAAGAAUGGAAACGCUACUACAAGAAAUGAAAAAAUAUACAGAGAGCAGAACAAUUACAGCGGACCACGCAGGAUGUUGCAGAUCGAGAUGUCUGGUCUGUCGGGAAGAUGGCACAAGAUCGUUGGACAUCAUUUUUUGCAAGUCAUUGCAAUCAAAUAUUAUCGUGUGUUUGUGCCCAACUCAACGUUAAGAGUUUGCACUCUCAAACACAAUGAUGUGUCUGAAAGUAUAAAAUCGUAAAAACGUCGUCCAUGAAAUAGGCUAAGUCUCUCUUGCGUGGAAACGCACAGACCAAUCUUCUACUCUCUAACCGAGACCUUUUUCAAUGAUUCUGUAAGGAAUGCAGUGUCGUGUAGCCAGUUAACAUCAGUUGUGUGCAACGUGCAAUUACGUGGCAGUGAAAUCUAGGCGUAGCUAUUUGUAUGCAGACUCGUUAAGCAACGCACGUUCCGAACAGUCGUGAAACGCCUCCGGGGAGAUUGGUGGAAUCUUCAGACGCUGAGGCUCAUACCACGUAAAUGGAAUCUAUAUAAAUUUUUGUCACAUACAGUCAGGUAAAGAGCUCAAAAUAAUUACGUGAAGCAUCCAGAUAUACUAGUCGGCAUUUUUCAUAAAUCAUGCGUCAGUUCUUUUUUCUGCCUGCGUUCCUGUCUCUCUAGAUUGGCCUCCUCCCGUCAAACAAAUACUGAAAAGUUUUGUAAAAAUAUGCUGAACCCUGUAAACGAUCAUGUUUUUCUAUCAAAAAUUUGUCUUUUCUGAUUGAACGAACUGACCGCUGACGUAGUCGGCAGGAUUCGAACCUGCGCGGGGAGACCCCAAUGGAUUUCUAGUCCAUCGCCUUAACCACUCGGCCACGACUACAUAGGUGAUCUCCGACUGCUUAAAGUACUCGGUGAUCAGUUCAGGAUCAUAUGGCACCAGGUCCUUGUGUGCAGGGUGCUAAAAGGAAAAUUAACUUUUAGAGCCCUGCACGAACUGUGCCAAGGGCAAGUAAAAGUAUGUGUAAAUUUUUAAUUGAAAAAUUUACAUAAAAUUUACAGCGGCAGGGAAACGUUUUUUUUUUUUGUUUAUUAGAAAUUGCUUAAUGUUGAUUUCUUUUUCAUUUUCAUUUAGGAUAUACUUAUACUUGAUAAUCAUGCCUUGCAUUUAACUAUUCUUAAUACCUAACUCACUACGGAGUCUUCAUUGACGUGAUCAGCAUUUCCACAGAAAUUUUACAAGUUACUUAGAUAAGCGCAGCUUAGGAAAGUACGGCACCUCUCCAGAAAUACGAGGGGUCAAAAACUAUAACCCGGACCGAAAUAGUUACGACUUUCCAAAGACCUGCUUGUGAUUAAAUUCUCGACUGAUUUCUUUUGCCAAAUGAUUGUUUUAGUCAAAAUACCUGCCACCGUCAUAUAAUCAGUAAUUACAGUCUCAUAUGUUUGCUUUAAAUAUUGUGACUUGUAGAACAAAUUGAUUUUUGGUAUCUCUCAGUGGUAGAAAUGUACUAACCUUUGCACAGCUAACCCCUCCUCUCAAAGAAAUCAGGCUUAAAUAUACGAGAAUAUAAACUCUCAAACGGCAAAACAUGAUCCUAUCAUGGGUCUUAAGGUCCUGGUAAUAAAAUCAUUAGUUAAUUCAAUUAAGUAGCUAAUGCAUCGUUUUCAUGUCUAUGCAUUGUUAUUGUAUAUCCCUUAGGUGUUCAAAGUUAGGCGUAUCUCAGUCAAAGCAGGUUUAACUCCCCUCCCUGCUCUUUGGAUGUUGGAAGAGUCACAUGACGUCAAAAGCGAUUUCAAAGCCAUUCGUUAUUAUGCUGCUGACCAAGACGACUGCUCUAACUUUAGUGUCCCUGUGUGCGUCCUGAAGUCAAAUCGUUCUUGGGAGGAAAGUGUAAACGUACGUUCAGUUAACCCAAAGAUCUUCCGCCUAUAAGAAAGUGAGCUUCAGUUACCCUAGAAAACUAUAUGAGGGCUGAAAGGUUUUAUUUUUUUAUUAACCAGUGUUUUUACACUGGCAUUGUAAUUUAAAUGUUCGGUCACGUUAAAAGGGUCGUUGGAUCAACGAAGAUUUUCCGAUAGGGACUUGUUUGAUAUCUUCUUGUUUUCCCCAAUUUGACGAAGUUGAAAGUAGACUGUAUUUAACCUAGCUGUAAAAUCUGCAGAGCGUGCAGAUGAACUCAUCAGUUUAUUAGCAAAAAUAUGUCCCUUACUGAUAUACAAGCUUUGCUGCGUAAGGUGAUCUUCCAAUACGCAAAGUAUAGAAAGUUUAAAAUGAACACUUCUUACGCAGUCUAAACUAAGCCCAGUUGAAAUUAAUCCAGACUAUUUAUGAACUUUCAGGUGGAUGUUUUGGCAUCUAGAGUUCGUCUCAGAUUUUUGAAAAUGUGGAGCGACUUUGUAAGUACAGUGAUGAAUGAAGCCAGCCAACUCGUCUUCCGAGUGUGCAUGGCUAUAUUUUCUUUCAUAUACAUCUGAAAAAAAGUUGAGUGUUAAGUGUUCAAGAAAGCAACCAUGGACAAGUCAUCCUAGGGCAUACACAUUUAUGUCUCUUAAUUAAGAGUAGAAAAAGUAGUAGUUGUUAUACCUGUACAUUCGGCGAGGUUGACUGACAAUGACGCAACUUAUCGCCUUAUCAAUUGAAAGUAUGCGAUUCAACGCACGCUACGCUCGCAGCACUUUUCUGUUCCGCACAGGCAAAGUAUCAAUUUAUGUGUAUUAAGAUCCACGCCCUUUGUUGUCACUUUAACAAUCAAUUAUAAAUGGACAACUACAAAAGUAUGUUUCGCUUUGACCUCAAGGAUAUGAGGAAAAGGAAAUAUUUCUCACGGAGAAAGUCAAAUAGACUGGUACAGAGUAGUACAAAAGCAGUAAAGAGUACAGGGUACUAAAGAGCGCUAUUCUCAAUCUUUAACCUCUGUGUACCAUCUUAUCACUUUGGUGAUUUUUGACAGGACUUCUAUUCUGUCAGUGAGAUAUCGAUAGAAGGACAAUGUGAGUGUAACGGGAAGGCUGAAUGCUCGGUCACAGACGAUGGACUGAUGGCAUGUCACUGCAUAAACAACACCUGUGGAGUAAAGUGUGAGACUUGUUGCCAUGGAUAUGUGUUAAAUGACAGUGGAGAUUGCGCAGAAGUUGAAGGAACUGGCAAUAAUACAGCGCAGCCCCUUCAAGCAAACCUCAGUGCACCCGCAUCAACAGAACACGUUACUGAUUUAGAGUUGCUGAAAAACGCUACUAAGCCUUACAAUCCCGACCAUUUCCUCGAAAAACCAGCUUCAGUGUCCACUUCAAAAAAACGCUCCUCGUCUAUGGUAACUACUGUAAUAGCUAAUAUCAUAACCCCAUCUCCAAUUACCAUUGCAAGCAAGUCAUUGGAACAAUCUUCGAAAGCUGUUGAAUCGAUUUUGGUAGAAAGCACUCGACAACCUAGUCAAACGACUACCAGUUCAGACGUUGGCGAUUUUUUGGAAAUUGAAGUAAACCGUUCAGAUUCGUCUUCUGAAGAUAGUCCGCAUCUUUCUGUUUCACGGGAUAACAAUGUAGAGAAUGCCUCUCAGCUUUCCUCAGCAGAAAGAGAUUCUUUUAGCAUCGUUGCCACUAAUACCACUUUGAAUGCCACAACUAAAGACACCAAUGUGAAGAGGACCAUAAUCUCCUCCAUUCCAGAGCUUUCCACAUCUGAAUCAGUUACAGAACAAAGUUUUGCUUCUUCGGCGACUAUGACUUCUGCUCAUGAAAAUGCAGCCACAGAAAGAAAUUCCUUCGCUACCGUCGACAUUAUGAGUGACGAGGAAGCCACUGAGGAGAUCAUCAUCGCAACACAUACUUUAACUGAAUCUAAAGCCAAAAAGAACGCUUCAAACCCCGCGAAGUUGUCAAGUACGUCUGCUACAAGCGUCAAACCUCAUACUUCAUCUGAAUCUAAUGCCAAAGAAAAUGCUUCAAAGCCUUUCAAGCCAUCAAAAAAUGCGAGCGGUAAGCCAAAUACCUCAUCUGAAUAUCAUGCUGAGGAUAAUACUUCAGAGCCAGCAAGUACUGCUGCCGCAAACGUCAAGUUGCGUACCGCAUCUGAAUACCAUGCCAAAGAGAAUACUUCAAAGCCUGCCAAGCCAACAAGUACCGCUGCCGCCGGUGCUAAUCCAAAUACCUCAUCUGAAAAUCAUUCCAAAAAGAAUACUUCAAGGCCUACUAAGCCAACAAGUGCCGCUGCCGCAGGCGCUAAGCCAAAUACCUCAUCUGAAUAUAAUGCCAUAGGUAAUAUUUCAAAGCCUACCAAGCCGUCUAAUACUGUUGCUGCCAGCAUCAGGCUACUAGUCACUACGGAAGAAAUCACGGCUCAACCUGCUACCAACCAGACAACAAAUUCAACGAAAGCAACUUCCCACCAUGCGAGUGAGGAAAUAACUACCACUAAAGAGUCUGCCACGGAGAAAAAAGUAACCACGGAGGGGAAUGCUGAACAGAAGCUCAGGUAUAAGUCCGCUACCGCAGAAAUAACAUCAGCAACAAUAACCACGACAUUACCAGUAACAGAAGAAACAGUGUUAAGAAAGGCUACUAUCAAACCACAAACAAGCAAGGACCAAAUUACACCAGAACUUUUCAACAAGCAGACAACAACCACUUAUGUGACCACUGAUAAGUAUCCUACAAGAAGGGCAUCACUACCAUCCUCAUCAUCAUCAUCAUCAUCAUUCUCAUCAUCAGAAUCACCGUCAUCUUUCUCGUCCACAGCGACAAGAACAAAUGAUACCACUGUUCUGAAACGUACUAAGUAUUUGAAUUCUCCAACAACAGUAACGGUAACUACAAGGGCCGAUAAGGAAAAUAACACAAGGGAGCCAACCACUGAAAAACCAUUGGACAGAGAGAAGACUACCACCAACAAGUAUCACACGCCUUCAACGACAGCUUCACUUUCUGUUGCUGAACAAUCGACAUCCCCUGUAACUAUCAAUCAAGAGACGAACACCGCCAUGGAGUCGAAUCCUACCGUUAACAGCACAGGAAUAACAACCCAAGACAGGUUUGACCAUGGGAUCUCCCCCAAAUCAAUAACAACUGCGACAGCAACUAUUUCUAAAGAAACCACAUCCACUCAAGAGACCUCGGCUAUGACGACUACUGAUUUGUCCCCUACUAAGUUAAGCUCUUCCAUGGAUGAGACUCUCACAAAACCUUCUACAAUUAGUCAAAAAACAAAGGACGGACAAACCGAAGAGUCGUCUUCUGAUAGUUUUUCAACAAAGAAGACUUCAAGUUCCCAAGCUGCGACAAACUACUCCGAAGUCGAGCAGACAUUGACCACCGUGGCGUCCAAGGAAACCACUAAUAACGAGACAACUUUGGGACCUACCAGAAAGGGAACAACCACAGUUGACACAACAAGCGUCACAGAACAUGCUUCUGCAAAGAAAAAUGAUUCCUCCGCCAUCCCAAAAGCAGCAACAGCAACCACCACCAAGGCGACUGUGAAAGAAAGCUUAGCUAGUAUGACUAAUCAAGUGGACGUAACUACUGAACCUGCUAUAGUGAGUACUACAGUAAAACCUACAGCACGCUCUCUUUUUGGGAAAACUACAGCUACAACCAGUCCAUCAAUAAAAACAUCUACUCGGCUUAAUCCUUUGGAAAGUACAGUUCUUCCUCCUAUUGCGGAGGAAAAUUCGACUGCGCUCUCCACUGGGGUGAAAACUACUACUCUUCCAACCGUAGUAGAAACCGGAACGGAGAGCAAAAUAACAAAAAAGACUACUAAAUCCUCCAAUUUGAAAACUAUAACUGCUCCUUUCCAUUCCCUUCGGGACAUUUCUACCGCACAUACCUCCCCGGAAACCACUACAAGGCCUCCACUCGUGAAUAUCACAACUAAGUUCUCCAUUAUGGAAACCACAAAUGCGUCUGUCGAAACAACGGCGGAAACUUUUCCUCCUCUCGAUAAGACUACGACUGUGCCUACCACUGUGAAAACUACAUCUGUGUCCACCAAAACGGAUAUAAAUGUCAUUCCAGAAGAAACCACAACCGAGCCUUUCCCUCCCCUUGUGGACAUUUCUAUCCCGCCUACCACUAUGGAGAUUACAACUACCCGUGCCACUGUGCAAACUACUUCUUCAUCACCUGCGAAAACCACGACGGAAUCUUCCUCCCCUCUUGUAGAAAUUACUACUGUUCCCACCACUGUGAAAACUUUUACCGUGUCCAGCACUGUGGAAGAAGCAACUACAGAGCCACAAGAAACGACAACCGAACCUUUCCCUCCUCUGUUAGAUAUUUCUACCCCUCCUUCCAUCUUGAAAAUAACAACUAAGCCCAACAUUGUGCAAACUUCUAAGUCUCCUGAAAAAACCACCACGGAACCUUUCCCUCCCCUUCUGGAAAUUACUGCGAUGCCCACAACUGUGGAAUCUACUACUGGUCCCACAACCUUACAUAUGACAACCAAGACAACAGAAACCACGGUUGAGCCUUUCCCUCCCCUUGUGAAAAGAGCUACGGAGUCUAGCGCUGUAAAAAGAGCGACUGAGCCCACCAGUGGUAAGGCCACCAUUGAGCCUUUCCCAGCCCUUGUAGAAACAACUCUCCCUCCAGCCAAGUUCAAAACCACGACCGAGCCCACCACCGUGAUUACUACUCCUGAACAAACCACUGUAAUAACAACUAUUGGGCCAACUACACCGGAAGAACUUACGGAAGAGCAGGCUCGCAUUCUCUUUGGAAAUCUUCCUAAGGGAGGUAAGACAGCUAAGCAAAAUACUUUUUUACUCAUAUUUAAAGUUGUACUCAAGCCUGUAAGGUGAACCAACAUUUGUCUGAGGUUUCAGUAAGGAAUGAUUUAUUGCGAUCCUUUCUUAUUGCCUAUUUAUUUUUUUGUUUCAGUGUGUUAUUGUGUCAAGUUUGCGACAGUCGACAGAAGAUGCUUUCCAAAGGCCUUGCACAAACCCUGUAUAUGCAGAUCCAACUUUGCUGGGGUUAGAUGUGAAAAGUGCGCGCCGGGUCAUUUCAACUACCCUUUCUGUGCUCGUAAGUAGCAAUCUUACUAGUUUAUAACACAUUUUUAGUCCCCAUUUUUUAAAGAGUGUAUUUUGGAGGUAUGUAACAGAAUGCAUUUUCUUUGGUGUGAUGAACUGCAAGUUAACGUAUUCCACAGGGCCCGGUUCCUGAAAGGCCGAUUAGCGCUAAUCCAGGAUUAAAAUUUUGUUCCACGUUUUUUAUUUACUUUCAUAUGUAUGCUUAGAGUAACAUUUGUUUGUGUUAUCAUUACUGUAUCUCACAGUGAAGGCCCAGCAGUAUGUUGCAAGCUUGAGUUACAUGUUCUUAGGAGAGAAAACCGUGCUUAAAAUUUAGGUUAAUCCUGGGUUAAACUUAGCCAUCUUUCCAGGAACCGGGCUCAGAAUAAAUUUCGGAAAUGAAGGCCAAGACACUACUUUUGUUCUAUACUACUUGGUUAUGCUGCAUUGUGUAAUAUUCUCCUUUGGGUAUCAUAUUAGGAGCAGAACUUUGGUUCAGGAGAGGGUCGGUACAUUAUAGAGCAUUUAUACCUGGCUUCCUAAUAAGGGCGGGGCGGGUUCUAACGGCUCGAUAAUUCGGAGCAUAUGAUUUCCCCUUAUUAACUACAAUAAGCUUAUCCCCGCGACAUUUAUUUCUAAUUGAAGUUGUCUUUUCAUACUGUUUUGAUUUUUUCUAUAUUUGGCAGCUUGUAGGUGUAACAAACUGGGCUCAGCUAACUUGAUGUGUGAUAUAGAAACUGGUCGAUGUACCUGCAAACCUGGCGUAAGGGGACGAAAGUGUGACGCCUGUCCUCUUGGAUCAUUUAAUUUCCCAACUUGCUCAGGUAGGUUGACGAUAUACGUCCAUUAGCCGCCUUACAAUUGGAUAAUAUCAGCUGAAAGAAAUAAGACACAAGAAAAAACUCAUUUCGGGCUUUCGUACUUAAAAACACGUCCUGUUUCCUAUUUUCAUGUUGAAAGCAGAACACCAUUGGAGACAGCUGUAAGUUUUAGCGUUAGCCUAGUUCUUUCUUAAUGGUAGACUACAUUUCAUGAUGCUUUCUUGCUUGUUUCAAAGUUAUGGCACGUCAAGCUUUUUGAAGUAUUGUAAGUUUUACAGUUGCUAGUUAUUUGGUCACUUGACAGUCAGUCAAGGGAACUGAUGCGCUAAACAUGAUCACCAGCCCAGCAAAGGUACAGCGAGUGAAGCAGUUAGAGAAAGCCCACUGUCCGCCCACUGUCCUCCUCCUAUCUAUGCACCAAACUCCAAUUACCUUUCCUUGCUUGCUCGUUCUAUCACCUGAUUUGACGCCAGCGGAGGGACUUCUAGUAGCCUUGGAGGCAAAAUAUUUGCUGUCGCGUUACAUUUUAGCCUGUUGUUGUGGAUUCUAUGUUCGAUUUUCUUUUUACUCUUUUUUUAGCUUGCGAGUGUAAUCCUUCGGGCUCAUAUGGUAACGUGUGCGAUCCAUACAACGGACAGUGUCCCUGUAGGUACGGAGCUCGUGGAAGACAAUGCAACAAGUGCCCUGCUGGUUACUACAACUUUCCUUAUUGUCAAUGUAAGUAAAGGCAAGGUUUAAAACGUUCUUGUACACCGUGUUUAAUCAAGAAGUUUGACCGUGCCUUGUUACGAAGUUAGAACCGAUAAAGCUUUUAAGUAUCGAUAUUGUUGCUCAUACAUUUAUAUCGAUAUCCUCACCACAUAGUAUUGUUAAGUACAUAUUUAACUCAGAUUUGAGGAAAAGUUAGCAAUAUCAAGCUUAAAAAAGAACUUUUCCUUUAGUUGCUGUUGUUAACUAGAAGAAAUUAAGGUUUGCAGGCGGAUAUGAAUUUUCUUUUCCUGAUUAUAGGGUGUGGAUGUAAUCCAUUAACAACAACUGAAAACAUUUGUGAAGAUUUUAGCGGAGGCUACAGGUGUUUGUGUAAAUCCAACUUUAAAGGACAUUUCUGUGGAGAAUGCAAAAGAGGGCACUACGACUUUCCUCUCUGUAAAAGUGAGUAAAACAACAUUUUUUAUCUGGAUUGAUUUUGGACUAUACCAUAGCUGUUCCUGUUGUUUACAGUUUUGUCAUCUACUUAUCACCAGAGUGCGCAUGCUCUCCUCGUGGUUAUGGAUCAUGCAAUGAGCUGGGUAAUUGCGUCUGUGAUGCUGGUUAUGCUGGAAGCCAAUGCGACCGAUGUGCAAACGGUUAUUAUGGAUUUCCGAGUUGCAGAGGUAAGUGAUUACAUUUAAACUUUAUCACAACUGCCCUCAUGAGAUGUUCACUUACAAGAUGACUAAAUGGGAGCAUUUCUAAUUCUUGUAUUUACGCGGCCACAUUGCCAUCUUUUAAGAUGACAAUCAGUGGGGCCGCGUUAUACAAGAAGUUUACGACUGCAGGUUUUUCGGUCGUUGCGAGACAAGUUAUCCAGAAGCAUUGCUUAGUUUAUACUGCCGUUACACGCCAAGGAAUCUUUAUACAGUCGUAAAAUUCAAUCCAAAGAAAUUACUUUUGACCAUUCACAACACAAACUAACAAUGAAACGAAACAAUUACACCUUGAAAAAAAUUGAUGUGGAAGUCCAAAGGCAGAGGAACAAAAAUAUUUUCGACUUUAUGGGCGGUUAUCAUUCAUUCGUCAGAACUUCCUAGCCAUUCCAGUCAUAGAGAAUUCCACUAUUAAUAACGACCAUCCAUCUCUGUCAGUCUUGAGUUUUUCCGACAAUUUUAAGAAUAGAAGACUUUUUCAUUUAAUAUUCAUUUGAAUUGACCGGUCCUGUCGGACCUUUGACGAACACUUUAAGUUAGAGAACAGCAUUCACGCAAGUAAGAAAGAAGCAUGUCAACUGCAUAAACUGAGAGGAUACACAAUGAAUGCACAGAAACCCGAACAACAAUACCAAGUGUUUACAGUUGCCAGUGGCUCUUAAUUACAAGGUUUAUUGAAAUUUUUUUUCCACAGCUUGUAACUGCAACACUUUCGGCUCCUUUACUACACAAUGCAACUACACCACUGGCCAGUGUGCGUGCAGGCCCAAUAUUCGAGGAAACCAAUGCAACCGUUGUGUAAAGGGAAUGGUGGGCUUUCCUAAGUGUGUUGAAUGUGACUGCAACCCAGAUGGUACAAGAUUUUUACCUGGAAAAACUGAGAGCAUGUGCUAUGGCACCACUGAGGUAAAGUUAAAUGAAACCACAGGGUAGUUAGUAAGAGUAUUACAAUCGCCCCGCGACUUUGUCGUCCUCUAGCCAAGGUAGCAAGGAUAGUUUUUAAUAAGAUUAUAAUAACGUUUUGUCCCAGGGACAGAUGAAUUUUUGAUGUGAGCAGUGUUAACAUUAAAGUAAAGGCUAAAAAUAUGCCAUCAUGAAGCCCAUUUUAAGAUAAAGUGCUACGACAAAAAUCUAUGUGAAACAGGCCCCAGCAGGAUCGCAGUCUUUAUAAGAGGCGGCGGCUCUAUCCACAUUGAGCGGGCUUUUCCUUUCUCUCUUCCCCUUCACUUUUCUUUCCUUUUCUUCCCUCUUGUUCUAAAUUUCUUUACGACCUCGGGCAAUAAUACUUUCUACACAGGCUCUUUUUUCUUUCGCGUCAAAUAACUCAGCUGAUCCAAAAAGUCAUAGGCAACAAAAGUCAUAGUGUAUUUUCCGUUUCCACGUAAACUUUUCAUGACCUAAAACAUUUCAGAAGUUUCUCUCUGCUUAAACCUUAAACAGUCGUUUUUGCUAAUAUUUGACCACAAUUUCUUUAUCUUUACUAUUGGUGGGAAAAAGUUUUUUGAUUUUUAAAUUCUUACUAAAAAUAGUGACCACUGUCCCUUUUAAGCGGGUGGUUACCACGGUAACGUCAGUAAAACUGCGUUUUUCCGUUUUGCUUUGCACAGUAUAAGUGCCUAUGCAAGGCCAAUGUUGCUGGAAAAAUAUGUGAUCGUUGCAGACAUGGCUACUACAACUUCAAUGGCAGCAACCCUUCAGGGUGUUCGCCUUGCACGUGCUCAUCACAUGGUACCAUCUCAGGAACACGCCGCUGUCACGCUCAAUACGGGUACUGUGACUGCAAAAACCACGUCAUUGGUGGAAAGUGCGAUAAAUGCCGAAAUGGUUACUAUGCAUUGAAAUCACAUCAUUUAUUGGGUUGCAAAGGUGAGUUUAGAGUUCAGUCGAACUAAUUACCAUGGUCUUGGACCUCAAAAAGAAUCGAAAAUUGCGCCAAAGUCGUGCGAAAAUAAACUGGUGGGUGAAGACGCGGCAUUACACGAGAACAGGGAAGUUUCCCUGACUAAGCUCCGGUUUAUGGGCUCCUGCAUUUAAUUAUUUUUUCUGUUUUGCCUUCAGUGUCAGUGCAGUCUUCAUGUAGAGUAGAUUGUAGAAUUAAUGCAGCAGUUUAUUAUUCAGUCAUUAAAAUAAUUUGUUUGUUUGUUUCAUAUUGGGUUAAAUCCCGUGGCUUCUUUUACAUGACGGGUUAACGCUGAACACAUUUGGAAGAUUUACGCCUGACUCAAUAAAUAACAAUUAUUGGACAAGUGACGUCCAUCGUCCAAUUAUGAAAAAGUGAAUGAAUGAAUGACGUCAUACAACAAUUAGAGGUGGCUAGAGAGUGCGUGGAAGAUUUCAACACUUUGGGAAAAAAGAAUAGUCAAAUUUUCCGUAACUGGAAAAGGUAGCAGGAACCAAAAGCCGGCUACUAGAAAACAGAUAUCGUGUACAACUCAAAGCUGUCGUAUGUACAAGCUUGACAAUUUUUUAAAAAAAGAUCAGACAAUUAUUUGACUACGCUAGCCAUUAAAAUAUAUACUGUAUACGUGGCAAAAAACAAUCUUCUAAUCAGAGCGUGAUAGCCUCUCUAGGUGUAUAUUUGAUGAUGUGUCUUCUCCUUUGUUUUCUCUUUAACGUCGUAGCGUGCAAGUGCGAUCCUGGAGGCUCCGUAAACAUGAACUGUUUUAAGCAUUCAGGAGACUGUUCGUGUGUGACUGGUGUAAGAGGAAAGAAGUGUGACAGGUAUAGAUGAGAUCUAUUUCGCUCCUGCUUACGCAUCCUUUAUCCAUCUAUUUAUAAUUUUUUGCGGGGGGUUGAAGAAGAAUAAUGGGUUGUUCAUCAUUGGAUUAUUCCCUCUCGACAAUUAUCAAAAAUAAAAAAAAAACGUUCAUUUUCCAUCAUUCUUACUCGAAAAUUUUCGUCAUUCUUUUAGGGUUAUUGAUCUUCAGCCCCCCGAUUAUUUUCUCUGCUGUUUUCAAUUAAAAAAUCUCAUCGCCCGAUACAAGGGCGUUACAAUUUCACGGCCCAAUGCAAUGUAUGUGUGCAUUUGUCUACCCGACCUUUUUCAUUGGUUUUUACUUAACGGCCACGUGCACAGUUAGAAUCUACUUGUGGAAGAAAACUACAUCCAGUGUUUCCUUUUAUAAUAAGUGUAGAAUAAAUCAUAUUAGUACUCCGUUAUCAAAGCAGGGGAAUUGAUCUGUUGGCAUGGAGAUGGGGAGGGGAAAGAGAUAUUUCCUAUUGAUACAUGUCUCAAGAGGAAAAAUUAUCGUAGUCCUCUUUUUAGGGGAGUUGUGAAAAUCGAAAUAGCCAACUUUCACAACAUCAUAGCUGUCAAUUUCUUCUCUCUACAGUCUCUUCUCGUCCAGACCACUAUAUUUCCCAACCCUGUAUCAAAUGUCCGUGGAACUGGAAAGGGCCGUGUUGACGACAAACUCGAGAGUCUGGGUACCAAUUGGGGCGGAUGAAAACAGAUUUCCGUCAUUUUCAGGCACUGGCUACGCAAUAUUUCCCGCAUAUAAGGUAAUGUCUCAUUGUUUUAUUCUAUUUUUUGUCUUAUUUGUUCCUCUUCAAUUAUAUGAGGAUUUUUGUUGUUAAGGUGAAUGGCCGGUCCCCAGUACUACGGUAUGGUGGUGCAAUGCCGCCAAGACAUUAAUAAAUGUCACCAAAUCUUUCUCAUUAUGGAGAUUGAAUAUGCUUUCUCUUACCCCAGUUAUCGCCAACAAAAUAAAACUGUCUAAGGGUAAACCUGGCAACGGUAAUUCAAGCUUAACUGUUUUCAUCCAGAAUAAAAAGGUACAGAAAAUUUGCCAAAACCGUUAGCAGAGCGAGGUUUUGAUCCUCGGACCUCUGGGUUAUGGGCCCAGCACGCUUCCACUGCGCCACUCUGCUAUCGAUGACUUUAACGCGGUUAGUUUCUUUAGUCAAAUGAAGAAAGAAUAUGGCUCGGUCCUCUCGCCUGUUUCAUUAAUUUUGAAAAGGUCUGAUUUAUUUUCUUACACGUUCAGUUUUCUUUGUUUUAUGGAUGCAUUACAUUUGUUAACCCCUGAGAACACUAGAAUUCCAUAAAAAGGUAAAUUAUUUUCAGGAAAGCGAGGUAUUGAUACUCGCCGGCGCGACCCCUGGGUUAUGCCCUGUCUACUUUGUCACUCAGAGCUACUCUGCCGUCAAUUAAACAAAUGAUUUUUUCUUUAGUAAAUUCAAGUUCAAGAAGGAGUAGUUUUGCAUCAGCUGUAUUUUAGUUUUCUUGCUGCUGUUUAUGGCCUUCUGAUGUAAAGAAAAAUUAUCACAACUUGUUCAAGCAUUACAAUGAUUUAUGCCUUUUUCAUGGUGUUCCUUGCCUUAUAUCUUACUUGUAUUGAUGUAUGCUGCGUAAUAACAGUAAUAAAACGUGCCUGCAGAUGCGUAGUUUAACUGUUUUCCCGUUUGUUUUUUUAGCCAUAUUAUGUUACUAUAAACAUUCCAAAGACAAGACUGUAUCGCAUAAUCUUCCAUUAUGCAUUGAAAGAGAACCUUCAUGCCUCUGCUAGAGUGGAUCUUGCACCCCGAGGUAAAACUACUCUUGAAUGUGAACUAACAGAAUGAGAUAUUUAACAAUUAUUCCUCGAGCCCGAAUGGGUUCUGAGUCAACAGCCCAUCAGGCCAGAGGCCAUGAGGGCGAGAGGAAUAAUUGUUUUAGUAAAAUCCGACUAGUUGGUCAAAGAUAUCGAGACAAAGCAACUUUAGCUAGCAAAACGCGAUUCAGCCGCCAUUGUUUUGGUUUUCAAAGCCGGCGCUUUUCGCUACUGCUGGGCAAAAACAUGUAGCCUACUAGUAUCUCAACCAAUGAGAACGCAGCAUUGAUAAUAGACCACUAGUUGGAUUUUACUAAAAAAGAAUUGUUUUGUAUUUUCCCCUCUGGCUAGAAGGACCGGUACGAAGAGAGGUACUGUCCUAAUGACACUGUGGUCUUACUUAUGCAACAGCAGCCAAAAUCGAGCAAGUGAAAGAAAUACUCUGCUGACAUGGUGACUCAACCGACAGUUACUAGCAAAUAUUUGAUGCAGGUUUACCUCACCCGUUAGUGAAUAACACAUAAAACGGCUGCCAGACGGGCCGAGGUCAUGCGCCGACCCACAUUACGGAGAUUACAGGAAAAGCAAGGAUUACGAAUUUUUCUUCCAUUUUUCAUGUUCGCCAGGGUUGGCCAGGGGAUAAUGAGAUAGCGGUAUGAUCCACCUUCUUCUAAGUAACCUUAUGCUUCUCUUAUUUGGAUAUUUUACAAUUAAAGUAACCUUUUCGUCAAAACAAAAAGCACAAGUUCUCGAAGUUCGUUGGCUGAACAUCGAACUCUAAAAAACGUCUGGUAGGAUUGUGUAAUACGUGCUAGGCAAGGGUUAUUUAACUUUUUUUUUUAGUAUUUUAUUUAGCUGCAUAUGAUUCAUUCCUUUUAGGCUCUAAGAUUUCUAAUCACACCUUUGAAGUGCAGUUUUCUCCUCCAAAGCCCGGUGCACAGCAAACCAAGAACUUGACGACAACUGUGAAUAGAAGAGGACUAAUCAGAGAGUUUGAUAUGAAAAAGGGUGCCUGGAAUAUUAUUAUUACAUCUCAUAGUUCCAUGCUUUUGUUGGUAAGUUUGCCAAUUUGUCAAAUACUUGAACUACGUAACAAAAUCUAUCGAUUUACUUCUACAACGCACUCCUUUUUUCCAUAGGUCACUUACCAAUGUGUGAUAAAAAAGUAUUUAGAACCAACAGUUAGUUUCAAUCCUACUUAGAAAUAUUUUUCUAUGAUACACGCCCCCAGACUUGCGCGUUUGGGUUAUUGGGAAAUGGUCACUUUAUACAUGUAAACAAACGGACGCAACAGCUCCCAACAUUGUUGGCCAACAACACGCACCAACAUAAGCAAAACUAACUAACUACGAGAGGACGACUGGAGAACUGACAAAUUGACUAACAAUAGACGGAUCGAAACGCACCAAUCACUGAUUACGAGUCUUCAUAGCCAAUAACAUCACGGCUUAACUAACAGACGACCAAUAACAUCGCGACGUAAUUGACCAAACAGAUCAAUAACCAGAGUAUAAGACCAUCAACUGACGUGAUACAACUCACUUUGACGCGGAAGAUGACUACCGCACAGGUUGUCGAAACGUUAGUCACUGUCAACAACAACAGUCCUAUUCAGGACUACGUUCACCCGGACGAUCAAACUCAACCUCCUUUUGAAAUGACUCCUGGGUUCAAACCUUUCACAGUUUUGCAACAUGUAACAUUCAACAAUGUUGCAUCCGUUUGCACGGGGCUUAACUUUUUUAUUUUUGCUCAUGAUAAUUGACUUCCAAGCCUCGCUGGUAUGUGCAAACUGCUAAAAACAUUUUUACUCCAAAACGAGGCUUUGAGGUCACUGACAGGUAACAAUCACACACUAAAUCCCAAACAGAAUCUUUUAUUAACAAGAACAGUAAUAACAUUGCAAUUCUCAGAGAAAGCGAGGUUUUGAUGUUAUGUUAUGAGAACAGCACGCUUCCUUUGCGUUCACUCGGCUUUUGCCGGUUGGCAGAGAUGAUUUGAACAGCGUCUUCGUUAGCCUUAGUAGUAAGAAUUUCUCUGCGAACUGAGUCCGAACGUUCGUGUGAAAGCAAAGCCACACUUGUCCGAAGGCCACGCCUCUUGGUGUAGCAACGUUUUUCUCUUGCAUUGCAAUCGCGCCGGUGAGGAGAAUGACUGCUCAGUUUAAUGAAAGUUAUAGUUAAUAAACAACAGAAAUCUUGUGCCGCUUUAAAACAGUAACCUUUGUCUCUCGUUAUAAGAUAAUAAGCAUACAAAGUAGAUGCACAACUGAGGUCAAAGUUGUUCAGAACAACCUUAAAGUCCUAGUUACCCCUUAAAUCUUUGUUAGUAAAAUGUAGUGAAGGUGUUGUUGUUGUUAUAA